AUGGCCUCAAAGCCCACGCGGAGGCAAUAUUCUGCCAAAUCAAGCCGGAGAUUGCGCAAACCUCAAGAGAGCUGCCACCGCAGUGCCUCCUCCAUUUCCGACAAGCUGGAGGCCUUAAAGAGCCUCAUACCCUCCGAUACCGAUGAGAUAAAGCCCGACCAACUUUAUGAAGAAACAGCCAACUACAUUGUGCUUCUCAAAACUCAGGUUUUUGUUUUGCAGAAAUUGAUUGAUUUUUCCGGAUCUCAGUCGCAUUCAAACCCAAAUGCUGUAUAG